CCGCAGUUUUAACGCCUGUUCUACCCGGACCCGUCCAGCGAUAACGUUGCGAUAACGGGCCUGAUAACCAAUUCUGCCGUCCAAAUUUUCUGCUUGGGUGCGACCGCAUUCGCUGACCGCCUUGAGUUCUUCUGCAGCCUUUGGCAUCGCCGUCACAACGUUCUGCAUCCAAUUCAGCCAAUACACGAAUUGUUGGUCAACUUUAACUAUUCGCAACCAUGUCUUCUACUACCACAACAACACAAACAACGUCUCAGGUGGAGACCAAGGCGGCCUCCAAGCCCCUUGGCAUGAGGGUCAAUGGAAAGCAAUGGCACGCCUCCAAGAAGGCCUUCCGUCCCGGCUCCGGCUUGACUUCGUUCGAGAAACGCGCAAAGGAGAGGCAGUUGCUUGCGGCCGUCAAGGCUAAGGAGAAGGAGCUUAAGGACGAGAAGGAGGCAGAGCGCAAGAGACGCAUCGAAGCCCUCAAGGAGAAGCGGGCGAAGAAGGAGGAGAAGGAACGCUACGAGAAGAUGGCCGAGAAGAUGCACAAGAAGAGGGUGGAGAGACUCAAGCGCAAGGAGAAGCGCAACAAGCUUAUCAACUCUUGAACGAGGAGAUCGUGAACGGCACUCAGGACAUGCGGAACACCACGUCUCACUCCUUCCCGUCCACCGAUGGGUAACGAACCGAAUCACCGGCUUCGCCGUUCCACCAACGCCCGAGAAACGAAUCCCGAACGCCAUUCGCAGCGCGGCGUCUUCUUCGGCUGGUUCGAUGGCAACGGCAUUACUUUAUUUUGGAGGAGUGUUUAUGAUCCAUGGCAUGGCAUAAUUGGAGUUGGAAGUCCGCAGCAGCCACGGAAGGCGUGGUUUGCCA